CGUUGCUAGCUCGCGCAAAAAUUAUGUCGAGACUCCCUUGCCACGUCAAGAAGUUUGGUCUAUUCGCCGUGGGUCUGUCGCGAUAUACUCACCUGUGAGCCGCAUCUUAGUCUUCUACUCAAGCAAAAACGACAAAAAAAAGCAUGGGGCGAAACACGGUAGGGAGGAAAGCACGUAAAAAAGGGUAUCACACCGCGGAAGCUACAGAAAGAGGUAUAGAAAAAACACUUGUCGGGAUUAAGCAUUCGAAAAGCAGCAAAAACUGCAACCUUCUCUAUCCAGUAUUGCGACAGACGAAGUGUUUGUGCGAAGAUAUGUCACAAACAAAGUACAGGAACAAUCCGUCUUGUAGACUAGAGCCCCAUUAUGAUGCAAGUAAAUUUCUUACUGCCCAACAUGAAGACAGCAUAAAGAAAUGUUGAUGGUUACAAUUUGUGAUUUGGACAAUAAAAAAACAUAAGUCUGAAUGUGAUAAAAACACGUCGACUUUAUAAUGCUAAGAGCAUUUUAAUUAAUAUAAAUAUACAAGUACAACAUGUUUUUUCUUUUUUCCCGGAAAGAGUUUGUGCGUAACUUUUAAGAUGUUCAUAAUUAUUGUUAAAAAUUAAGUUUUAAGGCUGAUUUGUUGGUUCUUAUACGUAUGUAUAACCCGAAACUUAAUAAUUAUAAAAAGUUAUAAAUAGUGUAUUUAUUUUUCUUUAAAACAAAUAAUAAUGUUUUUUUUUUAUAUUAUCGUGAUUCAUUGUGUACCACAUGGUUCAUUUAGUACCACCCCCCCGGUUCUUUGUGUACCCCUAGGAGUACGCUAUGAACCAUUUCUCAUGUUUUAAAAAAACAUGUAUAAAUUAGGCAACAGCAAAUGUUUUCCACUUAUUUCAACACAAUUUGGCAGCUUAUUAAAUAACCUAUCAUUUGAGACAAAAAUAUUUUCUUAGACUGUAAAAACGAGCGCGCUAGAGAUCUCCAAACUUUUGGUGGUUCAAUGGCUACCACCCUACCCUACUCUAAAAUACUGUAAAAUGUGUUCAUUGUAAUAUAGUAAUUAAUGAGGUGUUAGCGUUCAUUCAAUCUAAAAUGGACGUGAUGGAUGAAGAAAGCAUGAUACGUCUGUGUGCUACGUCAUUCUUGGAAAAAGAAAUAGCUGCGGCCAAGAAUUUGUUAUUUGAUUCGAUCUCAGCGGUUAAGAAAACUACGCGAAAAGGUGACGGCAAAAGCCAACGUAACCUUGAAGAUAUAAUAAGUACAUUAAAGAGAGUAGAACCUGAUCAAAUUCCAAUUUUUGUGGCGAGAGAAUUGCACCGUUUACCCCCAGUUACGUUCGAUCAUAUCGACGCAACGAGACUGCUUAAGGACAUUAUUCUGAUGCAAAACGAAAUACAAACCCUUAAGCGUGAUUGUGCUACUAUGGAACAACUAAAUCAGUUACGUAUGGAUCUUAAUAAUAUCAAGCAAACAUCAAUCGUUAACAACUUCGAUUGCAAUAUUAAUAAAAAGAGAGGAGGGUAUCGGAAUAUUGAUAUUUCUGGAGGUGAGCUUGACAGUGGGCCCGUAGGGCUAAUAUUGAAUUAUGAUACCGGUAAAACACAGGAAUCAACGGGAUGCUUAUUGCAAUCAUCCACAAUAUCUAAAGUUGGCGAUGAUAACUGUACACAUAAAGAUGAUGUUGACGGGAUGGGACAUAAUUCGAGUGUCGUACAGCAAAGUGAACACAUUUCCGAUCCACAACAGCUGAGCUCGAGCGAUGAAUCAUCGUCGCCUGCGCCGCCGCCGAUGCAGCGACAAGUUAAUGAUUGUAUUACCGUGUCCCCGAAUAGUGGAAUAACGAUGGCCGAGGUUUUGCGCCGAAACAAUGGAAUGCAAUCUAACAAACCGGAUAACAAUAAUGAGUGGAGAGUGGUUCAGAGACAUAAAAGGAAGAAUUAUUUUAGUGGAAAAGUUGGUAAUGCCUCAAAAGAUACUGAAUUAAAUUUUAAGGCAGCGGAGAAAAGAUUACCUAUUUAUAUAACAAAUGUUCAUAAAGAGACCUCAAUGGAUGAUAUUAUCACUUAUAUUCUGAAGAAAACUGGAGAAAAAGUGAAUCUGACUAAAUUGUCUAUCAAGAACGAAAAUAAAUAUAAUGCUUAUAAAUUUUUUGUACCGAGUUAUACGUUACAUCUGUUCUUAAAUGAAUCUAUGUGGCCUAAAGGGAUAGUUUUUCGUCGGUUUGUACAUUAUCAGUACCGAACUGAGGAUAAGCGCCCUGACACGAUUUAUAAUAAUAAUAAAUAAAUGGACGACAUACAACAUAGUAAAAUUAAAAGUAAAAUUAUGUCAUUUAAUUGUAAAGGCCUUAAGAGGUCAAUAGAAUGUGUGAGGUCUUUCUGUGGCAAAGCAGAUAUAAUAACAUUGCAAGAGACAUGGCUACUUCCACAUGAUAUACCACUACUGGGGACAAUAAGUGAGGAAUAUGCGUACUUUGGAAAAUCUUCGGUGGAUACUUCUGCAGGAUGUCUGAAAGGAAGACCUUAUGGCGGAUUAGCAAUAUUAUGGAGAAAAAGUGCUUUUGUAUCUGUUACUCCCGUGGACUGUAAUAGUGAUCGGUUAGCGGCAUGUAAGGU